UGUUGUUGCCUUUUUGCUACAUCAAUCUAUUCACACCUUUAACUUGUAACCACACAGCGUAAUCUCCCUUGUAGAUAUCGUUUUCCCUGCUAGGCUGCUAUUUAAUUAUUAAUACCCAGGCCACCAUCACUCUAAAGCGGAUCGGGAUAACUAGCUAGCUAGCAAGAUAUGGUGAAAGACUACGUAGAUAAGCCAGCAGCACCGCUGUUUGAUACGGUGGAGGUGAAGAAAUGGUCUUUCUACAGAGCCCUCAUUGCUGAAUUUGUUGCCACACUUCUUUUUCUUUACGUUAGUGUUGCUACUGUUAUUGGCCACAAGAAGCAAGUUGGUCCCUGCGACGGCGUUGGACUUCUUGGUAUUGCAUGGGCUUUUGGCGGCAUGAUUUUCGUUCUUGUCUAUUGCACUGCUGGGAUUUCUGGUGGGCAUAUAAACCCAGCAGUAACAUUUGGGCUAUUACUGGCAAGGAAGGUUUCAUUACUGAGAGCGGUGGGGUAUAUGGUGGCGCAGUGCUUAGGAGCCAUUUGCGGCGUUGGCUUAGUGAAAGGGUUCAUGAAGCAUGACUAUAACACGUAUGGCGGCGGUGCUAAUACCGUUGCA